UUUAAAAAGCUCACUGCACCCCUUGACGAUCGUAGGCAAGCGCAAAAACAUCUUAUAAAUGCCUUAACGCAUAGCUAAAUGGCGCUUUAAUGGUUACGCAUAGUUUUAAAGAUGUCAAAUCCCGACAGUCAGCAGGAUGACAUUGAAUUUGACACGGAUGCAGAUUCCAUCGUGACCUUUAAGUCGCACGAACGCCUGUCUUCGCCUUCGGAGAAAGGCGAUGACUUUCCCUUUGACUAUCAUCGCUGGAUGAGUGAUUUAUUAACCGAUCCGGGAUUGUCCGGUUACACGGAUGUGGAUUUUCUCCUCAAGAAUCUCAUUGGCUCCCACGUCACCGUUUCCGCCCAUCGCCUGGUGUUGGCCACGCGCAAUAAACAUUUUGCUGAAAUGCUUCAGCACGAGAAAUAUCGGGAAAUCGUGCUGACGGAUCCCAAUGUGCCUGCCGAGGCGUUUCAGGCCGUUGUCCGGUACAUUUACACCGGAGACGUGGACUUACCGCGCAAUGUGCAACAGGUGACCCGGCUGUUGUUCGCCGCGAAGAAGUUCGAAGUGGAGCCACUGUACGAUCUGACCAAAGAUUUCAUCUUGCGACGCAUUCCGCGUGGCCAUGCCAAACAUGUUAUCUAUCUUUUUCAGCACGCUCUUGAUCUCGGUUUGAAUGAUUUAUUUCCGCUGUGUACGGGCGUGUUAGAGCAGCGCACGUUCGAAAUAAUCAAAGAGCAACAGUUCCUGCGCACCAAAGCUAAUUUCAUUAGUCAGUUGCUGGACUGCGAUGUGUUUACCGGCGUGACAGAAAGAGAAGUCUUCGAUGCGGUGCUGCACUGGGGUCGCUCGCGAUUGGCCGAGAUCGCUCCGGGCGGCGACAGGGAGAAAACGCUACGGAAUACUCUGGAUUCCUUUAUUUAUAAAUUUCGCUUACUGUCCAUUCCCCGGGAUGAAUUAACAGUGCUGAUAACGGAAAGCGAUGUUUUCUACGAAAAGGAACAGCUGCGGAUCAGUUUGUACUUGCUAGGAAGGCAUAGAGAUCUGGGCGAUUUCUCCAUGAAAAUCCGCAGAUUUGCCCAACGCGAAAUUUGUCCAUCUGUAAAGUCGUUAAGCGGAGCGUCAGUGCCAAGGUUUGCCGGGAUAAGGUCACGGCGAGCCUGUUCGGAAGAACGAUCGCGGAAAUCGACUUCCACUGCCGAAUUGUCGCAAGAAGUGACAGUUGCCUCCAGUUCGGAGGGUUCGGCCGCCGGUGUCGUACUCAAGAGAGAAAAGCGCAACCUGCACAUCGGCAAACCAACGGGAACUGAACUUCGUUUCAGUGUCCACGAGGAUAUGCACUACUAUGUUAACAAUCUGAAAGAAAGCGAUCAAGUCAUACGCAACAUUGUGGCAAAUCUCCCGGUGCCCUUCAACUGCAGUACAAAAUCGUCUAGCUUCCAGACCCUAUCCCGAGGAAAAUCCAUCGGCAGUUUAUCUGUCGAUAUAGUUACAGUAUCCCAGUCAUGUUCUGGAGUAGACGAUGGAUCCCGACGAGUGUCCAGUGGUGAUGAUGUUCGCACGGCAACUCCGUUCGUAAGAAAGCUGGGUACAAAGCAAAGUAAAACUGCAUCGGCGUCCAGCUUACCCGCAAAACCACUAAGGGAGCAUGUGACAUCUUGGAACAGUCUGGGACGAAACUCACAAAAUGGGUCACAAUCAACUGCCUUCAGUGAAUGCAAUUAAUAAAAAUGUUUUCGUUUAUACCAGUUAAUUUUAUAUUUUAUGAGCUAUCGAAACGUAAUAAAUAAUUAUAUAAUUUAUUAUGAUUUGAAAGGAUAAGAUUAUAUUCUCGUUUCUCACGAAAUGCCUUGAUUAUUGGUAAUACUGUACUUCUGCUGAACCAGUUACAAAGAUACAAAAAAUGGCUGAUAGUGCAUUUCUAAUGUGAAAUAAAAUAAAUA